AUGCGGGACGUCAAAGGCUCGUUGACGUUGCGUUAUGAUGGGAGAUACCUGCCUCCCACGCGUGACACUAGAAAAGAUGGAAUGCGAAGGUGUGGUGGCAGUUCAUGUGAAGGACUUAACUCGCUUGAAAUAGAGGAAAUUGAAAGUGACCAGAAAGCGUCGGGUAUUGUAAGUCCUGGCCGAAAGUUGUUUGAUGUAGACCCGCUGCGGCCAAGGUGGAAGCUUGCCCGCGGUGCUGACGCUUGGCUGACGGCGCUCGCUCGUGUGUUGCAGGGACUGGAGAGCGGGUGCGGCGGAGGUGUGGGCGUGGGCGGAGCCACGCUGCGGCCGCUGGCCCCCGCGCCGGCGCAUCUCAACACCCCGCGCAUCGACAGCUACCGCUUCUCCAUGGCGAACCUCGAAGAGUCGCAGGACGUGGACCUGGACGCCAUCUUGGGGGAGCUGUGCGCGCUGGACGCCCACGCGCAUGCGCAUGCGCACGCGCUCAAGGGCGAGGACCCCAAGGGGGGCCCGGCCGCCCCCGGCGCCAAGCGCCCCGCGGCCGUGCCAUCCGGCCCCCCCGGGCCCCCGGGCCCGCCCGGCGCCCCCUCACCAGCGCGCACUGAUAGUCCUGACAAUGAUUCGGCCUUCUCUGACAAUGUGUCCAUGCUCUCAAGUGAGAGCUCUGCCUCCAGUGGGGGCAGCGGUGGGCGCACAGAGCCCAACAAAACGGGGCUUGUCCUGGAAACCUCUCAGAUGGACCAGGCAAGCCGCGUUAAGGCAGAAAAGAUUCGCAUUGCGUUGGAGAAGAUGAAGGAGGCGAGUGUGAAGAAGUUGUUCAUUAAGGCUUUUUCUGCAGAUGGAAGCACAAAGUCCCUGCUGGUGGAUGAGAAAAUGACAUGUGCCUAUGUAACCAGGUUACUAGCUGACAAAAAUCACGUCCCCCUGGACCCCAAGUGGGCUGUAGUGGAACACCUUCCUGACCUCUUCAUGGAACGUGUCUAUGAAGAUCACGAGUUGCUGGUAGAAAACCUGAUGAUGUGGACCCGCGACUCGAAAAACAGACUUCUGUUCCUUGAACGGCCUGAUAAAGUUCAGCUCUUCACAGCCCCUGAGCGCUUCUUGCUCUCUCCUUCGGCCUCUGAUAGGGGUGCUGAUUUUGACGAUCAUGCACGUUCACUUCUCUUAGAGGAAUAUUUCUCCAGCACUGGUGUAGGCAUUCCUGAUGUGGAGGGUCCUUUAUAUUUGAAAUCAGAAUCAAAGAAGGGCUGGAAGAAGUAUCACUUCGUCUUAAGAGCAUCUGGUCUCUACUACUGGCCUAAAGAGAAAGCAAAAUCGUCAAGGGAUCUGGUGUGCUUAGCCACAUUGGAUGUUAACCAAGUUUAUUAUGGAUUGGGUUGGCGUAAGAAGUAUAAGGCUCCCACAGACCAUUGCUUUGCUAUAAAACAUCCUCGCCUUCAGCAGCCAAAAUCUACUAAAUUCAUCAAAUUCUUGUGUGCUGAGGACGCAGCGACUUUGGAACGCUGGGUUAUGGGUGUUAGAUUGGCAAAGCAUGGACAACAACUGAUGGAGAAUUAUCGCACAUUGGUUGAUGAUUUGGCACAAGACGAUAUUGAUUUAUUGGCCAAUGCACGCUCUUAUUCUGUCUCAUCAAUUGCUGGGGUAACACAAGCACGCACACCUUGUUCUGAUGAUGGGGAUUUGACACCUUCUGGGGGAGGACUACCGUUGAACACCGCUCCUUCUGGUGGAGCACCUCGUCUACGUCGACAGGACUCUGGAAGAAGUCGGGCUUCAUCUUCAUCGUCUAGUGGAUGUUUGAGUGAUGGUGCUCCCUCUUCAGUAGAAGUUGGCUUUGAGUGCGAGUUCCCAACUGGCACUAUCAAACGUAAGCCAUCAAUGAAUCCGAAGCUGCCAUUGACUUCAAUUACUCGGCAGCUGAAGGAAGUAGGGGAGACUGUCUUGGAUGGAGAAGUGGGCUCUGAUCGAUGUGCUAGCCCAGGCUCUGGCUCAAGUAAAAGCGGAGGUAGUGGUGGCACCCUCACUCGCAACGGCCUUGUCCGUCAGAGCAGGCGACGCUCUUGUGGUUCUGCUCUUUCUUCCAGCACAGAAGACUCAAACACCGAUACAUUAAAGCGCUAUACUUACCAAAGAAGCUCUCUGGAUUCGUCAGCAUGUGGGGGUAGCAUAUCAAAUUCAUCCUCGAACACGUCUACUCCAAUCCGUGAGCAGAUUGCUGAGCUUCCAUUAGAAUCACCCACUUCUUUAUAUGGCAGAAGUGAAGGGUUUCCUGAGACAAAAACCGUAAUGUCUCCCCCUCCUCAGUCCAUGACUGAUUCUAUCAUGUCGCUUCCAUCACCAGUAGAACCAGAAGGAAAUAGUCUCUGUGACACAGAUAACCUUCCCUUUCCCCCUCCACCGCCAGAAAUGUUUCAGAGUACGUUGAGUUUGGAUUCAUUACCCCCACCUCCUCUGCCAUCUGAACUUCCUGUUUAUUCUGACCUGGGAGGAAGUUCACUAUCCCUGCUCUCAUUACCUCCACCUCCAAGCCCAUGUGUGGAUGCAGGUCUUGUGCGGAGGCAACCCCCUAAACCUUCCACGCCUGACACUUCCGGUACAGUCACGCCUACCAAUACCCUGUCACCUGUGUCCACCCCAGUUUCCACACCUGUACGUCCAGUUUGCAUGCCUUCCCCUCUGGCUCCUCCAAAGCCAAUGCCACUCAUGGUUCGACAAGGCUCCUGGCAGCAUCAUGAACCUGCAGAAGGUAGCCCGGCCCCUGUCACACAUUACGCCACACUCCCAUACUUAGCAGAGCUUAAAGCAGGCUCACCCAUGUUGGCACGUAAGGCAUCAGUAGAGAGCAAAGUGAUUUCUAGUCCAAUGCACCCGAAUCUUUCAUCUCCUCCUGGCCCUGAUGUCACACCAAAGAGCCCCAUACUUGUCACCAAACAACGGACAAGGACAAUCACCAAAAAGAUCUCCUUUGUAACCCCAGAUGAAACAGUGAUCUCAUCACCAAAACCCUCUUCACCCACGUAUGCUAGCAGGUCAUUGCCAGCCAAGAAGCCCUUUCCACCAAAGCGUAGUGAAAGCACAAGGCUGUCAACAGCUAGCCCCAAAAAGCUAUCAGACUCUGACUCUGCUGUGACUCCCCCUCCAAAGGACUUUCUGAAGGAUCUGCAGAGGAUAAUGAAGAAGAAGUGGCAGGUGGCCCAGAAGUGUAAGCUGGACCAUUCCACUACACCCCAUGAAGUGCUAGGCUUCCGAGAUCCCCCACCCCCUGUUGCUGACUAUCGUGAAACAAAUGUGAGCAAUUGGGUGCAAGAACACUAUGGGCACUGGGACAAUGUGUAUGAGAAUGUCUACCUUGUGGACCGUGCUCCACCAGGUCCUGAUGCAUUACCUGCCAGUCCUGCCACCGUGAAACCGCGGCUGGCCGCGCCUUCCGGGAUUGCAGGGCAGGAGUGUUAUGCUCGGCCUCAAUCAACAAAUGUCACAAUGGUAGUGGCUGCUGCGAAAAAAAGGCCACCACCGCCCCCACCCAAGCGAAGUGAGACAACCCAUCUCACCACUACACGACUGCACUGACAGAAUUAGCAACUUUAGAUAUGUUGUAUAGGAUAAAAAUUGAACAAUAAUGUGAGAAGGUGAGAAGAACCUUCUCAGGACCUUAUCUGCCAUGUGGCAUACAAGGAAUGUAACUAUUAACUUACUUAGAUACAGACUUGGAUAUUUGUUCUGUUGUAUUGUAUUCUUGAUAUACUGCAUAUUUACAAUGCAUUAUUGAGAUUUUCAUUGUGCAAUGUAGUAUACUAGGAAUAUAAAAAGGACUGAAAUUCUGAAAAGCAUACUGUGGUUCGAACUGAUUAGGAAUAUUAGUUUUCUUUGAGAAAAUGGCUCAAAAAUUACUGACAUUAUGUUCAGUUUUAAUGUGUUCAAAAUAUUAUUCUGCAAAUCAUUGUUCAAUUAUACAGUGAAUGCUCUUGUAUUAGGAUAGAUGAAUUUGUAUCUACUAUGUUCAUUUAUAGGAAAUUCUAAAUCCAUGCUAAUUGUAGAAUACAAUGUUUUGUAUAUACUUGGCCUUAGAUUCUUUCUUCAUUCCUUUUUGUAUUACUAAUUAUGAAGAGGCUCGGCAGGCUUAAUGAAGUUACCAGAGAUGUUUAUAUUAUGAAAUUUUAAUUCUCAUUAAUUUUUGCCUUUGUAAAUUCUUCUCUUCCCUUGGUAGCUUAUAUAUUGUAAAUAGGAUGUGAGCUGAAGCAUUUAUUUCUAUAGUUUACAAUAUCAUUUCAGGACAAGCAGUACAAAUUCAGGCCUUUUGAUUUUGUAUAUUCUUGAUUAAGUGCUUUCAUAUUAGAAAAAGCACACAUUUUUUAUGAAACAUUUUUUAAAGAAAAAGGAUUGUAUUUAUGUCAAAUGGUAAUUCUUUUCCUUUCUUUUCUUUUUCCUUUAAAUUUCCUAUAGUUCAUCUUGUAGUCGUGCUUCUAAAGUGGAAUUUUACUUUUUUUGUUUGUGAGUAAUCAUACAUUGCACGAGAAUAUGCAUAUGCAUGUUUUCCUGAAACUAAACAUGAGCACAAUAAACAAAUAAUUUGAGGUCUACGGUUAGCCUUAAAAAAGGUGUAGUCAGAACUUGAGCGUACUUUAUCAUUCCAAACAUUAAAAUUCAGAGGCUUUUCAUGAAAUACAAGUAUUAUGAAUAUAAGCAAAUUAAUUUUGCUACUUCCAGUUCUGUUAAACAGUCCACCACUUAUCUUAUUUCAUCUGUUUGUAUUCAUUUACAAAAAAUUUUCAAUGGGAAAAUAAUUAUUUAAUGAAUUAUGUGAAUUUUACAUUAAUUUUUGUUUUCUGAAAUGUCUUGAACCAGAUUUAUCCACAUUUUGUACUUGAUAAUUUAUUUGCUGUCAUGGGACUAUUUUGUUAAUAGUGACUUUUGUGUGUGUGAUUUGGUCAUGAGUGAAUGAAGUGUAACUUCAUGUUACGCUUGACUGUAAGUAUAGUGUAUCAUUUGUACAUAAGACUUAUAUGGUUGCAGUAGAGGCAACUUCGCGGCAGCAGUGAUUGAGUCCCUCCCUAAAGUCAAGCCGCAAAUGCUAUAUGUGUUCGACUCGUAUUCUACGUGUAGUGCCACUUCUGUUGUAAAAACUCAAGUAAUUGCCUCGUGAACCUUCACAAAAUUUUGUCAUCUACGGCUACUAAUGAAGGAAUGUUUUUAUGACCCUCAUAACAUGAUGGUAUUAAAAUUAAUGGACUGAAGGACAGAAGUGUUUCAUAUUAUGCUUCAUUAAUGACAAUGGUAGAGAAAAUAACAAUGACAGAAGAAAUUUCCAAGAAAUACAUUGCAUUGGUUUCUCUCUCGUAACUUGAUAAGAUGAUAUUUUGUGGGGAAAAGAGGCAAUUAGCAGCUGCAGAUGAUUAAGAUGAUCUGCAGCUUAUAUUGCAGGAGGGUUAAGCUUCAUAGAUGUUGCCUGCUGUAUCACAUGAUGCCCUGUGAAGAGGGUUGGCAUUGGUUACCAUUCGUAGAAAUGGAACGAACUGCUUGCCAUUGAGAAUAGGUGGUGACUGCAAGAUGCUUCCAGAAACUUGUUUCUCUUGGCUAUUUUAAAGUCCUCUGAUGGGCAGUGACACAUAUCGCAGCAGCUUGUUAGCAAAUGCCUGCAGUAUUUUGAACAUUACUCCUGCCUUUGCCCUGUAAUAGUUGCUAAAUAGUGUGUUUAUUACUUCAGAGUUCUUUUCUGUGUAGAACUGCAUUUUGGAAUGUUACAAAAUAUUGCAUAGAAUUAUAAGGGGUGGGCUGGUACCCAAUGUAUAAUAUUGUAUGCAAAGUAGUGCUGUUAUUUCCAUUGAAAAUUUAACAAGAUAAUCAAUAAAAUGUGACUAGUCAUUUUGAAUGUAUUUGGAUACAUAUUGAAAAUUUUAACUAAAAAGGUUGACGUACUUGUGUAGUUUGUUAUUAAUAUGUGGUGCAUCCCUAUACAUUUGAGGUGGUUGCAUAAUGUAAACAUAUUAUUUCAUUUGCAAAGUGUGUCUUGUCUGUAACAUUGUAACAGUUAACUAAAUUAUUAUUGUUAUGCCAUCAUCUUGAACUGCUUUCUCAUGAGUAUCUACAGGGCACUAACCAAGAUGAUUAGGGUGUAACAAAUGACAAUUGAAAAAUAAAGACUCAGAAGACUGUUUGUAUAAGUAUUUCAGCUAUAUUAAUUCUUUUUCAUAUAAUUUUGUUUCUGAAGUACUAGUUUUCAUGAAUUUGAAAUUGUACAAACUGUUCUUUUUUUUAUUUCCAGUACAACUGAAUUUUAUUUUCUUAUAAAAUUACUUCUUCACCACUCUUCUGGAGCAUGUCUGCAUACUAUGAAAGUAGUACCAUUUAUGAAUAAGAGUUUUUGAAAAAUUAGUGCACAUCUCUUAAAAUGGAAUCUAUUUGUGAAUUAUUUUAUCAGCACUUCUUUGGGUACAUUAAUCAUUGCUGGGUCCUGUUAUUUGGGGAAUGAAGAGGGUGGCAGUGCUACCUGAAUGGGCUGUGUGCAGGGGACUGACAGGGUGGGCGUGUGGCAGAGGGUGUCAUUGUGCCAUGAAACUGCUGCCUGCCACAUACGUUGUUGCCGGCUGGCCAGCCAGUACUUUGCCAAAAAGAGUUGAGAUGAAUUGAUGAUGUGUCUUUGUAUUAUAUUGUCAGCAUUUUAUAUUUGUUUGUUAAACAUUAUAUACAUUUACUGAAAGUUCGUAUUUAUUAUAUUCGUAGAGUAUUGAAAUGAGAUUGUCCCAUUACCGAUGCUCUAAUUCAGAAAUCCAUUUUCUGUAUUUUUAUAUGAUUAAAAUGCUAAAGUCUAACACUUUUGUAAUUAUUUAAACAAUAUGUUGUCUGAUUAAACACAUGAUUUGUUAAUAAAACGAGUCUCUCAAUGUCAUACUUUGAAAAUUGAUUGUGUAAUAGUUGAACUGUCUCAUUUAAAUCAAAAAUGGAUAAUAAUAAAUUAAAAUUACAUUAAA